AGCAGUGGAAAGAGUUCUGUGUUGGAAAGUCUUGUGGGGAGGGAUCUGCUCCCACGAGGUACUGGAGUUGUCACCCGGAGACCCCUUAUUCUGCAGCUGGUGCAUGUUUCCCCAGAGGAUGGUCGGAAGACAGCUGGAGAUGAAAAUGAGAUAGAUGCUGAAGAGUGGGGUAAAUUUCUUCACACCAAAAAUAAGAUCUAUACAGAUUUUGAUGAAAUUCGUCAGGAAAUAGAAAAUGAAACAGAGAGGAUUUCAGGAAAUAAUAAGGGGAUCAGUCCAGAACCUAUUCAUCUUAAGAUUUUUUCAUCUAAUGUUGUGAAUCUGACUCUUGUGGAUUUACCUGGAAUGACAAAGGUGCCUGUUGGCGAUCAGCCUAAGGACAUUGAGCUUCAAAUAAGAGAGCUCAUCCUUCAAUUCAUCAGCAACCCAAAUUCAAUUAUUCUGGCAGUCACAGCGGCUAACACAGACAUGGCCACUUCAGAAGCACUUAAAAUUGCACGGGAGGUGGAUCCUGAUGGUCGAAGAACCCUUGCUGUUAUCACAAAGCUGGACCUCAUGGAUGCUGGCACUGAUGCUAUGGAUGUGCUCAUGGGAAGAGUGAUUCCAGUCAAGCUUGGCAUCAUUGGGGUAGUGAACAGGAGUCAGCUGGACAUUAACAAUAAGAAGAGUGUAGCAGAUUCCAUUCGUGAUGAGUAUGGUUUUCUUCAGAAGAAGUAUCCUUCCCUAGCCAAUCGAAAUGGAACCAAGUAUCUUGCUAGAACACUGAACAGACUACUGAUGCAUCAUAUCAGAGAUUGUUUGCCAGAACUGAAAACCAGAAUCAAUGUUUUAGCUGCUCAGUACCAGUCUCUACUAAACAGCUAUGGGGAACCUGUGGAGGACAAAAGUGCCACUUUAUUGCAGCUUAUUACCAAAUUUGCUACAGAAUAUUGUAACACUAUUGAAGGAACAGCAAAAUACAUAGAGACUUCAGAGCUAUGCGGUGGAGCCAGAAUCUGUUACAUUUUUCAUGAGACCUUUGGAAGAACUUUAGAAUCUGUUGACCCACUGGGUGGCCUUAACACAAUUGAUAUUCUCACUGCCAUUAGAAAUGCUACUGGUCCUCGUCCUGCCUUGUUUGUUCCUGAAGUUUCAUUUGAAUUGCUGGUCAAAAGGCAAAUCAAACGUUUAGAGGAACCUAGCCUGCGCUGCGUGGAGCUGGUUCAUGAAGAAAUGCAGAGGAUUAUCCAGCACUGUAGUAAUUACAGUACACAGGAACUGUUGAGGUUUCCUAAAUUGCACGAUGCCAUAGUUGAAGUAGUAACCUGUCUUCUGCGUAGAAGACUUCCUGUCACAAAUGAAAUGGUUCAUAAUCUAGUGGCCAUUGAGUUAGCUUAUAUCAAUACCAAACAUCCAGACUUCGCUGAUGCCUGUGGCUUAAUGAAUAACAACAUAGAGGAACAAAGGCGUAACAGGUUAGCCCGGGAAUUGCCUUCUGCUGUGCCACGAGACAAGUCUACUAAAGCUCCAGGUGUAUUGACACCUGCUUCCCAGGAGACUGUUACUGCUGCUUCUGCUGAGGCUGAUGGCAAGGCUGCUCCUGGAUCAGGAGAUGUGUCUCAGGAGCCUGGAACAGGCAACUGGAGAGGAAUGUUGAAAUCCUCAAAAGCAGAAGAGGUAUCAGCAGAGGAAAAAUCCAAGCCAGCUGCAGCCCUACCUGCUAGUCCUCAAAAAGGACAUGCUGUAAACUUACUAGAUGUGCCUGUACCAGUUGCACGCAAACUUUCUGCCCGUGAGCAACGAGAUUGUGAAGUGAUUGAACGACUUAUUAAAUCUUACUUCCUUAUCGUCAGGAAGAACAUUCAGGACAGUGUGCCAAAGGCAGUGAUGCAUUUUCUGGUGAACCACGUGAAAGACACUCUCCAGAGUGAGCUGGUAGGGCAGCUGUAUAAAUCCUUGUUAUUGGAUGACCUUCUGACAGAGUCCGAGGACAUGGCACAGCGCAGAAAAGAGGCAGCUGACAUGCUAAAGGCCCUGCAGCGAGCCAGUCAGAUCAUUGCAGAGAUCCGUGAGACACAUCUUUGGUGAAGACUGUACCUGCCAGCCACAUUAUUUAUAUGCAUUGGAGGUUACGUUGACUUGAAAAUUGCUAGGCAUGGUAUACAGAGUAGAAUUUUUAUUUAUGAACUCUUAUCUGUGUAAAUCUGCUCAUGUAAAGACAGUUGGUUUGAUUUGCGAAGAGAAAAAUAUGCUGUAUUUUGCCAAGUAAUUAGUAUUUAAUCCACAUAAUAAACAGCUCUAAAUGUUUCCUUACCAGCUUUCUGGUGCAAACUAAAGCAGACCAAGUCUACUGUCUCCGUGACAGUCUCAAGUUCCAGUGCCUGACUUGCUAAACAGGUUGCCUGUGGUUAAGACGGAUGGUGUAGUCUUGUGGCAUAGUUUAAAGCUGCUUAUACAAUAGAAGUUUAAAUACUGUGAAGAGAGCACCGAGUAUUUUCUUUCAUGAAUAUAUUGCAUGCACUAUGACAGAUGGAGGUAUCAAUUUUAUAGCACAGUAGAGAUGUCUA